ACUCGAAGGAAAGAAAUAUUCUCGAUUGUUCCCUCAGAGCAGCGCAUUAUGUUCCUAAGCACGACCAUCGUUGCCACUCUCCCUGCAUUUGUAUUUCUACUGAAUUGUUUCUUUUUACAUGUAGCGUGCGGCAAGUAUGUAUGUACUUACUUGUGCAUUCUCAUAAGCGUGUCAUUAUCAUGCCCUGUUUAUGUGGCCGUUCCAGCGCGAUCGAAGUUGAGAAGAUCACCCCUGCGUGUACGUAUAUGCAUAUGCGUAUAAAUGUAUAAAUAUAUGCAUGUAUACAUAUGUAUAUAAAUGCAUACAUAUAUAUUAUAAAUAUAUGUACCUUUUUAUGCAAAUGCUAAGGACCCAUUUGCGUCGAAUCGAGCGCCAUCCCACACGAGUGUAUCCUUUUCUCUCCACGUCACCCCCCUGCACAACUGCGUUGCCAAUUUGAUGAUCUGCCGUUCGCAGCUCGAACAGAGGUGAAGCCAACCGUGUUCGCUUAGCCACCUUCGUAAUUUCUCGUUGAGGACAUCCGUCCUGCUGCUUACCCCGUCAAAGGCUGCAUCGACUGCGUAAUUUUUGUUCCACAUUUGAAGUGCUAACAAGUCGAGCGUUCCUGCCUCACCAGAAAGGGGAGAAAUAAAUUGAAGCAAGUCCAAAAGAGGGCAACUAAGCAUAAACACGGAUCGGUAAACAGAAUUGAGAAGUCUACCCCUUCGCCCACCCCCCUCGUGACGGUAUCAUGACAAGUUCAUGAGACUGCUAAAACCCUUUUUAGAUACCUCAGUAAAAGGCUCCAAUUACAGCAACCACUGCGUGAACGCAUUUGUGAGGAGAAGUUCCAUUUUGAACAAAAUGAGUAGCCCCAGUUGCGAAGAAAACGUGCCAGAGGAGGAAUUGAAGAAGGCUGAAGUGUUAUGCAAAGAGCUAGACGAACUAAAAAUUCAAUACAAAGAAGUGAAGCAUGCAAAGGCCAACUCGAUUAAGGAUCUCCUAGAUAUGAAUUUAGAAAACUCAAAAAAUAUUAUAAAAAAUUUAUUCCUCAAAGAUAAAAAAAAAAAUUAUUUCUUCCUAUGUACAGUAAACUGGAAAACAGUCGACUUAAAAUAUUUGUCCAGCCUUUUUAAAACGUCCAAUUUAAGAUUUGUAGAUGAAGGGAAUUUAAAAAGCAUGCUGAAUUUGCUGCCAGGCAGUUUAACUCCCCUUGCUUUGAAAUUCGACCAGGAAAAUCUUGUGAAGCUAUAUUUUGACGACGAAUUGAAGAGCAUGGAAGAUAUGAUUGUCCACCCAAUGCACAACUACAGCAGCUUGUACAUGAAGCAGGAGGACGUCGUCAAGUUUUGUCAACUGCAUAACCACGCCCCGGAGUACAUCCACAUCGAGGAGGGGAAGGACAAACUGAAGAAGGAGGACGGGCAGCUGGAGGAGGACAAACUGGAGAAGCAAAAGGGGGGAAGCGGCAUUGGAAGCGGUGUUGGAAGCGGCGUUGGAAGCGGUGUUGGAAGCGGUGUUGGCAGCGGCGCGAACGCGGGAAAGGACGACCAAGCGAAGGACGCCAAUAUCCUGGGAAUCACAGCCAAGAAAACGACGAGCUUCUCCGAAUGGUACACACAAGUCAUUGUGAAGAGCGAGCUGAUAGAGUACUACGACAUCUCCGGGUGCUACAUCCUCAGACCCGCCUCGUACUACAUAUGGGAAUGCGUGCAAGCCUUUUUCAACAAAGAAAUAAAAAAAUUGGAUGUGGAAAAUUCGUAUUUCCCCCUCUUUGUAACGAAGAACAAAUUGGAGAGGGAAAAAAAUCACAUAGAGGGUUUCAGCCCAGAAGUUGCGUGGGUAACAAAAUAUGGCGAUUCGACUCUCCCUGAAGAAAUAGCCAUUAGGCCAACGAGCGAAACGAUUAUGUAUUCCGUUUUCUCCAAAUGGAUCAGAUCGCAUAGGGAUUUACCCCUUAAACUGAAUCAGUGGAACACGGUCGUUCGAUGGGAAUUUAAACAACCCACCCCGUUUAUCAGGACGAGGGAGUUUCUGUGGCAAGAGGGACAUACGGCUCAUAAAAAUGAAGAAGAAGCGGUCAAAAUGGUUUUCGACAUAUUGGAUUUGUAUAGAAGAUGGUACGAGGAAUGUUUAGCCGUCCCAAUUAUUAAAGGGAUAAAAAGUGAAGGGGAAAAAUUCGGAGGAGCCAAUUUUACAUCCACCGCAGAGGCGUUUAUAAGUGAAAAUGGAAGGGCCAUCCAAGCAGCCACAUCCCACUACCUCGGUACGAACUUUGCCAAGAUGUUUAAAAUCGAAUUUGAAGAUGAAAAUGAAACGAAGCAGUAUGUACAUCAGACCUCCUGGGGGUGCACCACCAGAUCGAUUGGAAUUAUGAUCAUGACCCAUGGGGAUGACAAAGGGUUAGUUUUACCACCCAAAGUUGCUAAAUUUAAAGUGGUCAUUGUGCCAAUCCUUUACAAGAACACGGAUGAAAAUGUUAUUUUUAACUAUUGCAAAGAUAUUGAGAAGGUGCUGAAGAGUGCCCAAAUUAAUUGCAUCUUUGAUGAUAGAGAUUUGUAUUCCCCUGGGUACAAAUUUAACCACUGGGAGUUGAGGGGAGUGCCCAUAAGGAUAGAAGUGGGGCCCAAAGAUAUUCAAAAUAAUUCUUGCCUUUGUGUAAGGAGAGAUACCAACGAAAAGUUCAAUGUGAAGAAGGAGUCCGUUUUGCUAGAAACACAACAGAUGCUUGUUGACAUCCAUAAGAAGCUUUUCCUAAACGCGAAAAAGAAAUUAGAUGAUUCCAUCGUGCAAGUCACCAGCUUCAGCGAAGUUAUGGACGCCUUAAAUAGGAAGAAAAUGGUCCUAGCCCCAUGGUGUGAGGACAUAUCAACAGAGGAGGAAAUAAAGAAAGAGACGCAGAGAUUAUCUCAGAACCAGGCUAACACGGAGACGUCUCUUUCCGGCGCUAUGAAGCCUUUGUGCAUUCCUCUAGAUCAGCCGCCACUCCCGCCGAACACGAAAUGCUUCUGGUCGGGGAAGCCCGCCAAGCGGUGGUGCCUCUUUGGAAGAAGUUACUGA